AUGGCGUCCGGGUUUGAGAGCGAGCGGAGCUUGGCGGCGCGCAAGGAGCAGCGGCAGCGGGAGCGGGAGGCGCUGCUGGCGCAGGCCAAAAUUAGUUAUGAAAAAGAGCAGAAGCACAAGCUGUUGAAGCAUCUUCGGGGUGAAGAUACAUGGAUGCUUGCUGACGUGAACGAACGUGUGGAACAACUGGAAAAGGAACAUUCUGUGCAGAAAAAAAAGAAAAAGGAUAAGCAUUCAAAAAAAGCUAAGAAAGAAAAGAAGAAGAGUAAGAAACAAAAACCUGAAAAGAGGGAUGACUUACUUGAUAGUUCUUCAGAUUCUUCAGUUGAAUGGGUUGAAUCAAAUGUGUCACAGUCAGAUAACACAGAAAAGGCUUGGAAGGUCAGCAAGCAAUCAGAUGCUGUGGAAGAACCUUCCCUGCAGAGAGAAGAAUGGAUGAAUUUAGACUUCAUGUUAUUGAAAACCACAUCAGCAGCAGCUGUCAAAGGUGAGAGAAACAAAGAAAAAACACUGGAGCGCCAGAAAGCUCAAGAACUUGAGCAGGCCAUGCUGUCUGAGAGAGAACUCAAUCCGUAUUGGAAAGAUGGUGGUACAGGUUUGCCACCAGAGAAGGAUGAAGCAACUUCCAUUAAGAAAGUUACAGUGGUAGAAGAUGCUGGAUUAAGCUGGUUACGAAAAUCAUACCAAAGGAUGAAGGAGCAGGCUGAGAGAGAGAAACGAGAUUUUGAGGAAAUUGUGGCUGAGAGAUAUGGGUCAGUGGAGAUAUUUCAGUCACGAUUAGAAGAGGCUGAAAAAGUUGCAUCCAGAAACAAAGAUUACGAUAGAAUGGGAAGAUGGAAGAAAAGUGACUAUUCCAAAGGCGAGAAAGAGAAGACAGAACAGCAUAUGAGAAAGGAGACAAGAGAUGAAGAUGAUAGGAAAAUGUGUUGGGGCAGUACUGGAGAGAAGUAUGGCAAGAAAUGGGCACAAGAAGACAAAGGUUAUAAAAAAGAUAUGUCAAGAGAAGACCAAGAACGUGGACACAGUAGCACAGACUCAGUAGCGAGAGACUACAUCUCCAAAGCAGAAAAACACUCUGAUCUAAAACGAAGCUGGGAAAAAAGUUCAUCUCUAAGCAACAUGAAACACAAAUUUCUGAAACCCUCUGAUGAUGAUUUAUCAUCUUACAGUGCAUCUAGAGACUACAAGUCGCAACAGUCCUCUUCCAAAGAGCCAGCUCACAGUUCUUUGAGCAGUCGUUUCCAAAAACCUAGUGAGGAUACUGCACUGUGGACCAAAACACACACAGAGGAUGUCCAUGAGAAAUUAAUGUCUGAUCAAAAGUCAUCAGGUAGUAGGGAACAAACUGAUGACAGUAGUUGGGAGAGAACUUCAAGUGAUGAAAAAGAGAAGUCACCGCAGGAGUACCUGAGUGGUAUACCUGGGAAGAAACAAAAGUUAACUGACAGUGCACCGUCACUUUCUAGGUACACAUCAAAAGAUGAGCCACCUCGGAUCCUUAAUGAAGAGGAGAUGAACAGACUGGGCGCAAGGAUUGUGAAAGCAGAACUCAUGGGAGAUACAGAGUUAGCUUCAAAACUUCAAGAAGAACUUGAGAAUGCUCGUAAGUUGAGAGACACUCAAGGGCAGACUGCAGCAAAGCCUGGAAAAGAGGCUUCAAGCCGUCAGGAAGAAGAACAAGUGGUCCUUGUCAGAACAGAUCAUAGUGGAAGGGCAUGGCCUGUGGCUGCACCAACUGAACCACAGGAGCCAAAAGGAGGACGGAGAAAGCGACAGAUGAUUCCUACUCAUACAGACAAAGAAAGAGUAAGGUAUUUUCAGGAUGAUGAUAGUAUGGACCUGAAGGACUUGGUCAAAAAUGAGAAAAUGAGAACAGCAGAGGAUCAAAGCUCGCUGUUUAUGCGUAUGGCGUCAAAGCUCAUGGAAAAAACUGACAGAGAGUACUACACUCUGGACGACAUGUUUGUUUCCAAAGCAGCUAAAGGAGCACGCAGUGGGGAAGAGGAAGAAAUACAAAGAAGAAGAGCAAUACGUGAGCACCAGCAGCUCGCUGCACGUAUGGAAAAGUGCCCGUACUGCUUUGAUAGCAGUGAACUUUCUAAACAUCUUAUUAUUGCAAUUGGCACCAAGGUAUACUUGUCUCUGCCAAGCAACCAGUCCCUAACUGAAGGUCAUUGCCUGAUAGCCCCUCUACAGCAUCAUACUGCAGCCACUCUUUUGGAUGAAGACAUCUGGGAAGAAAUCCAGAGGUUCCGAAAUGCAUUGGUGAAAAUGUUUGAAGCUAAAGACUUGGACUGUGUGUUCCUAGAAACAAACAUGAGUAUGAAGAAACGGUAUCACAUGGUGUAUGAAUGCAUUCCUCUUCCAAAAGAAGUAGGAGAUAUGGCUCCAAUCUACUUCAAGAAAGCUAUAAUGGAAUCUGAUGAAGAGUGGUCUGUGAACAAGAAGUUAAUUGAUCUUUCUUCAAAAGAUAUUCGGAAAUCUGUUCCUAAAGGAUUACCAUACUUUUCUGUGGACUUUGGCCUUCAAGGAGGAUUUGCUCAUGUCAUUGAAGAUCAACACAAGUUUCCUCAUUACUUUGGAAAGGAAAUUAUUGGUGGCAUGCUUGACUUGGAACCACGGCUCUGGAGAAAAGGAGUCAAACAGAACUUUGAGGAUCAGAGAAAGAAGGUGUUGCAGUUUGCACAGUGGUGGAAACCAUAUGACUUUACAAAAAACAAGGAAUGA